AUGGACCUGAGCGCGGCCGCCGCGCUGUGCCUCUGGCUGCUGAGCGCUUGCCGCCCCCGCGACGGGCUCGAAGCGGCCGCCGUGCUGCGAGCGGCGGGGGCAGGGCCGACCGGGAGUCCGGGGGGCGGCGGCGGCGGCGGGAGGACCCUCGCCGCGACUGCGGGCGCCUCCGCUGCCCCGGCCGCCGCGGCUCCCGGGCCCCGCGCCGCGCGCCGCGCCGCGGGCUCCGGCUUCAGGAACGGCUCGGUGGUGCCGCACCAGUUCAUGAUGUCGCUUUACCGGAGCCUGGCCGGGAGGGCUCCGGCCGGGGCAGUCGCCGCCUCCACCUCGGGUUCUGGCCGCCACGGCCGCGCGGACACAAUCACCGGCUUCGCAGACCAGGCGACCCAAGACGAAUCGGCAGCCGAGACCGGCCUGAACUUCCUGUUCGACGUGUCCAGCCUUCCCGACGCCGACGAGGUGGUGGGCGCGGAGCUGCGCGUGCUGCGCCGCGAGUCUCCGGAGCGGGGCCCCGGCAGCGCGACUCCCCCGUUGCUGCUGCUGUCCACGUGCCCCAGCGCCGCGCGCGCGCCGCGCUUGCUGCAUUCCCGGGCCGCCGAGCCCCUGGACGCCGCGCGCUGGGAGGUGUUCGACGUGGCGGACGCCUUGCGGCGCCACCGCCGGGAGCCGCGCGCCACCCGCGCGUUCUGCCUCUUGCUGCGCGGAGUGGCGGGUCCCGCGCCGGUCCCGCUGGCACUGCGGCUGCUGGGCUUCGACUCGCGGGGCGGAGGCGGAGCGGCGGCGGAGGAGCGCGCGCUGCUGGUCGUCUCCUCCCGCACGCAGAGGAAGGAGAGCCUGUUCCGAGAGAUCCGCGCCCAGGCCCGCGCGCUCGGGGCCGCACUGGCAGCGGAGCCGCCGCCGGAUCAGGGACCUGGCAUGGGGUUGCCGACGGUGGUCAUCGGCGGCCGCAGGCGGCGGCGGACGGCGUUGGCCGGGACUCGGGCAGCGCAGGGCAGCGGCGGGGGCGAGGGCCGGAGCCACGGGCGCAGGGGCCGGAGCCGCUGUAGCCGCAAGCCCCUGCACGUGGACUUCAAGGAGCUGGGCUGGGACGACUGGAUCAUUGCGCCGCUGGACUACGAAGCGUACCACUGCGAGGGCGUUUGCGACUUCCCGCUGCGCUCGCACCUUGAGCCCACCAACCACGCCAUCAUUCAGACACUGCUCAACUCCAUGGCGCCGGAUGCCGCGCCGGCCUCCUGCUGCGUGCCCGCGCGCCUCAGCCCCAUCAGCAUCCUCUACAUCGACGCCGCCAACAACGUGGUCUACAAGCAAUACGAGGACAUGGUGGUGGAGGCGUGCGGCUGCAGGUAGCAUGCGGGCCAGGCCGGGCCACGGAGGGGGCAGCCGCGCCACCACGGACUCCCCGCUGAGA